AGGGUGAUAGGAUAUUGUUCCGCAAGCUUAGGGAGAGAUAGCAGCAGCGGAGGAGGGCUAGAGCAGCGGAGGCUAGCAGGGCACUCUUGAGUGAGACCGCAGCUUCGGAAGCCAUAUCUACCUCAGCAAUGCAGACUUCUCAAGCCGGUAGUUCAGGGUCUGUCGGGUCGACGGUCGCACAGACCGUGGUACAGUCCACUGGCGUAAUGGCGAGCCAGCCAUUGGUGUUGACUCCUGAUGAGAUCGCCAUACAGGAGGCAGUCCUCCAGGAGGCACAGCUACAGAAUGCUUUAGGAAAGAUAAAAGCGGAGACAGAAGAGAUGAUCAAAAAAAGAGCCAGGAUGCAACGUAGACAAGCGGACAUUAGUGAGCUAGAGGAAAUGGAGCUGACGAAUGUGCCUGAAGAAGUGAGACUUGUAUGGUCGGUCCUGCUGAAUGUAGUAGAGAUGCAGGACCAUCAGACAACCAUCCUUCAGGAUAUCCAGCAAAGUUUGGCCCCGUUGGUUGGGCGAACGCAGGCCACGUCGCCAAUGUCCUCGCCUGGUGCCUGGCCCGUUGCACAUCCUCCUCCUUAUGUCCCACCGGUGACUGGGGUAUCCCCAUAUGUAGCCCCGUCAUUGGUUGCUAUCGUUUCCCUGGGCAUGCCGUUGUCAGGAGGGGUAACAACAGGGAGUAGUUUGCAGGUUCCUGUUCAAACAGUGUACACCCAAACUCCGUUGCAGGUUGCAGUCACCACGCAGCCUGCUGUCUCGCAGCCCGUGCAGCCGCAGGGCACAAAGCCCCAGCAGUUGGCACAGCAACCUGUGUCACAGGGUCCACAGCCCGCAGUGCUACAGGGACCGGGACAGACACAGUGGGUCCCAAAGACGGCCAUCGCCGCUCCCAAACCUUUCACAGGGGACAAGAGAGGCGAAAACCUCGACACAUGGUUGAGGGCAGUGCCGGUCUACGUCAGGUGUAAACUCACCUUGCAAGAAGAAGUGCUUGUGGCUGCCUCCUACCUAGAGGGUAGUGCAGCAAGAUGGUUGAGUGGCUUAGUACAACUCCAGGGGUAUGGUCAUGACUUCCGCGCUUGGGCGGCCUCCCAGAAAUUGGAGGACUUUCUGAAGAUGGUGGAAGAAAGGUGGCAUGAUCCUCAGGAGGCCCAAAGGGCCACUGAUGCGAUCCUGACACUGCACACGCGGCAGUUUAAGUCAGUAAGGGAAGCCACUGACGCUGUUGAGCAUCUGAUCUGUGUCCCAGGGGUGCGCUAUGACCCCCAGGGGCGAGUGCAGCGCCUGAGUCGACCUAUGGAGUCGACCUGUGCCAACAAACAGCGCAUGCUAGUUAACGACUACCUCCAGGAUGUAGAGUGUUGUUUCCUGUACGCGGGAGGGGACUUGAGACAUCGUGUCUCGUUCCUAGUGAGUGACGAGCUCCCAAUGGACAUGUUACUAGGUAUGUACUACCUCUCUGUAGCACAGCCCCAGUUUGACUGGGACCGAAAAGUGGUCAAACACAACUUGCCAGGUGGAGGGACCGCCAGAUUACAUAAGUUCAAAGCUAGUAGUCUGAUUGAGUCCUAUGGGUGCAUGUGUCCAGCCGCGUUCUACAAUUAUUAUAAGCAAAAUCAGGAGGAGGGUAUGUAUUUAGUCUAUGUCUCUGCUGCAGGCGAGCCGGUGAAAAUGCCGCCGGAGAUAGAGGGAGUAGUUGCUAAGUACCCUAAUCUAUUUGAAGAGCCAACAGGGGUUGUUGAGAGGGAGGUCGUCCACGCGAUAGAGAUUAUCCCAGGAUCUAGUAUUUCGACGGGUAGGUUCUAUCGGAUGUCUCCAGGCGAGCUUGACGAGCUUCGCCGCCAACUCAAGGAACUCGUAGAGAAGGCUUGGAUCCGGCCGAGUGUCUCUCCUUAUGGGUCUCCAGUUCUAUUCGUGCCUAAGAAGAAGGAGGGUACCCUUAGAAUGUGCAUUGACUAUAGGGGCCUCGAUGCCAUUACUGUAAAGAACAGAGAGCCCCUACUGCGCAUCGACGAUCUGCUAGAUAGAAUGCAAGGGUGCCGGUACUUCAGCAAGAUAGAUCUGAAGUCCGGGUACCAUCAGAUUGCAAUCCGGCCCGAGGAUCAACACAAAACCGCCUUUCAGACCAGGUACGGUCUGUACGAGUUUGUGGUGAUGCCUUUCGGCCUUUGCAAUGCUCCUGGCACCUUUCAGCACGCUAUGAAUCGGAUAUUCCAUGACUAUUUAGAUAAGUUUGUCAUUGUGUACCUCGAUGACAUACUUAUUUUUAGUAAGACUGUCGAGGAGCACGUUGCACAUUUGGACAAAGUCCUCAUCCUCCUGCGACAGCACAAGUUCAAGAUCAACGGUGAGAAGUGCGAGUUUGGCCGCACCCGUGUCUUGCGCUUGGGUCAUGAGAUUUCCGCGGAAGGGUUGAAACCCGAUGACGCGAAGGUGGCCAGCAUUCACUACUAUAGGACUUUGGUUAAGAACUAUAGCAUAGUGGCCGCUCCUUUGACUGAUUUGACCUGGCUUGACACCCCAUGGGAGUGGACAGAUGAGUGCGAGGCUGCUUUGAGACAUCUGAAGCAUGCGUUGACGCACUACGAGGUCUUGAAACUUCCUGAUCCUGACAAGCCGUUCAUAGUCACCACGGAUGCCAGCCAAUAUGGCAUUGGCGCCGUGCUCGCGCAACAGGAGGGGCCAAAAUUGAGGCCAGUAGAGUACAUGUCCAAGAAAAUGCCGUCUCAGAAGUUGGCUAAGUCCACUUAUGAGAAGGAACUCUAUGCGGUGUACAAGGCUCUCACCCGUUGGAGACACUAUCUCCUUCGGAGACCGGACUUCUCAGGUGUGCUGAUUACUGAGUUCGAUCUGACGAACAAUGUUACUCAGUCCCUGGUGGAAGCCUAUCGCGAGGACCAGUUUAUGUCUGAGAUCAUACGCAGACUUGAGGCGAAGGACAAAAAGACUUCCGCCGAGUUUGAGUUGGUCAAUGGCUUGCUGUUCCUGGAGAAGGCAGGGAAUAAAAGCUUGUGUGUUCCAAAUAGCGAGUCUUUGCGUAGUUUGUUCUUAGGAGAGUGUCAUGAUGCCACCGGCCAUUUUGGGUAUAAAAAGACCACAACCAACUUGCUGCAGCGGUUCUGGUGGCCCACGAUGAUGCGAGAUGCCCAGUUGUACGUAGAGACUUGUCAAGUUUGUCAACGGGACAAGCCACGUACUCAGGCUCCUCUUGGGCUUCUGAAGCCCCUUCCGAUUCCGGAACGGCCUGGUGAGAGUCUAUCCAUGGACUUCAUGGAUACUCUGAUCACCAACAAGAGUGGGAUGCGUCACAUCUUCGUCAUCGUGGAUAGAUUUAGUAAGUAUGCUAGGUUAGUAGCCAUGCCGGAAACAGCAAAGACGGAGUACGUGAUCAGAAUGUUCAAAGAAAACUGGGUUAGAGACUUUGGUUUACCAAAGUCUAUUGUCAGUGACAGGGAUGUCAGGUUUACCAGCGAGUUGUGGAAGGCCGCUGUUGCAGAGCAGGGCACUCAGUUGCAAAUGACUUCUGGGAAUCACCCAGAGGCCAACGGCCAGGCCGAGCAACUGAACCGCGCUGUGGUCGUUAACCGCGAGUGUCUUAGGGCCGGUGCCGUGCCGCCGAAAGGUUGCAUCUAUCGCAUGAGCGAGGAGGAGCUUGAGGUCCUCCGCGCACAACUCGACGAUUUGUUGGCCAAGGGCUGGAUCCGCCCUAGUAGCUCCCCUUAUGGAGCACCGGUUCUCUUCGUCCAGAAGAAGAACAAGGAUCUACGAUUGUGUAUCAACUACCGCAAGCUUAACGUGCAAACCGUCAAGAAUGCGAGGCCUCUUCCUCGCAUCGAUGAUCUCCUUGAGCGACUGGGCAACGCAAAAUAUUUUUCUAAGUUGGAUUUGAAAUCGGGAUAUCAUCAAAUCUCAAUUUGGCCGAGCGAUCGCUACAAGUCCGCGUUCAAGACGCGGUACGGGCAUUUUGAGUGGGUGGUCAUGCCUUUUGGCCUCACCAACGCCCCGACGACCUUUCAAGCGGCAAUGACCAAUGAGUUCCGUGCAAUGUUGGACAGGUUCGUGCUGGUCUACUUACACGAUAUUCUCGUCUAUAGCCAUCCAUUGGAGGAUUAUCUUGGACAUCUUCGACGAGUGUUGGAGACGCUCCGCCGCGCCAAGUACAAGGCCAACCGCGACAAGUGCCAAUUUGUCCGGCAAGAGCUGGAAUACUUGGGCCAUUUUGUCACACCGGAGGGCAUCAGUCCGCUAUCGGACAAGAUUCAAGCCAUCCAAGAGUGGCCGGAGCCUCGGAACGUCACAGAUAUUCGUUCAUUCCUUGGCCUUGCCAGCUACUACCAGCGUUCCAUCAAAGGCUACUCGACGAUCGCGGCCCACUUGACCAAGCUUCAAUGCGAGAACCGACCGUUAGACUUCGGAGAGGAGGUGCGGGAAUCAUUUUUGGCUCUCAAAGCCGCGCUAUUGUCUGCGGAGGUCUUGCGGAUAUACGACCCGCUUUUGCCUACGCGCGUCACCAUGGAUGCGUCAGGCUAUGGCAUUGGUGCAGUCCUCGAGCAACAUGAUGGUGUGGACUGGCACCCGAUCGAGUAUUUCAGCAAGAAAGUGUUCGUCGUGCAUUCCAUUGACGAUGCACGCAAGGAGUUCCUCGCCUUCGUCCAUGCGCUCAAGCGGUGGCGGCACUUCCUCCUUGGUCGAAGCCAAUUUCGAUGGGUAACGGACAACAAUCCAUUGGUCUUCUAUAAGACCCAAGACACCGUCAACAGCACCAUCGCUCGAUGGAUGUCUUUCAUCGACCACUUCGACUUCUUUCCCGAUCACAUUCCUGGGAAGUCGAACCAUUUUGCGGAUGCUCUUUCACGGCGUCCGGAUCAUUGUACCGCGGUCUACUCAACGUUCGAGAUCGACGAUGACCUGCGGAACAGCUUUAUCCGCGGCUACCAAGCCGAUCCCGAGUUUCGCGACAAGUACGCAAAUUGCUCCUCUCCUAAUUCGGCACCUUCUCACUACCGGAUCCAAGAGGGGUACUUGCUUGUUCACACGCGGGGGAAGGACCUUCUUUGCAUACCGAGCGAUCCUCACUUGCGUACACGGCUUCUUGGCGAGUUCCACGAUGCCCCCGGCACCGGACACUUUGGAGUCAAUCGCACGAUUGGCCGACUUUGCCAACGAUUUUGGUGGCCCGGCCUUCUCGGCGACGUCACGCGCUAUUGCAAGUCAUGCGAGGUUUGCUGACGCUGCAAAUCCCGCAACCAUCGUCCGUACGGCGAGUUACGACCAUUACCAGUCCCAUUGAGGCGAAGGGAAGCGAUUGCCAUGGACAUUA